AACACCUUGCCAAAAGGUAAAACAACUGUACUUGAAGCUGCACAAAUACCGUACAUACGUAAAUGGGUAUGAUGCAUCUCGAUUCUCGAUUCGACAAAUGAAUUCGUUUUUCAAGACGGUAAAAAUUCGAUUUUUUGAUCACUAUACCAAGACUGCUGUAGGUACUUGGACCUAUACCUGAUAAGAACAAAACAUUUCCGCGACUGUUAAGUCUACGAGUAAUCAUUUUGCACAAUGAAGUCGGUUUUCAAAAUGCACAGAACGAACGUGAUUAUUAUUCUGAGCUUAACUCUGAUUGCUGCAAAGAUCCGCGUUUCAAAUGCGAAGGAUUCCAAAAUUGUAUUCAGUGCAACAGCUACAGAAGAAGAUAUCGAGUUAUUAGAUCCGAUCAAACCAGACGAAGCAUUGCCCAUUAUUCUAUUCGAUUGGGGAGCAGGACAAAUCAUACCCGAAAUGUACGUCGUAGAUUUAGCCGAGGUCGAAAUAAAUAAUGGAAGAAUAUGGUCAUCUCCUGAAACCAUGUUCCUCACGAUACCGCCAAGAAAUCCUAUAUUUUUUUGCCCAAAUCCGGAUGAAAAUAAAAACUGCCUGGUUCCUGAACCUUUCGAGCAACCUCGAGCAUUACAAUGCAAACGUCAACCAACGCCUACCAUGAAGUACUCACCUGUAAUAAAUGACCCAACAGCGAAAAUGAUAUGUGGUUCUGGGAACGAGGGUACUUUAUUACGAUUUGAGUACGAGAUUUGUCCUCCUGAAUUGCCGUACACCUAUGAAAUUAGAGAGAUCAUUACCUAUUCCUUCUGUUACGAUGAUUCGUUAAGUAAAACUUUAUUCGUGCACUAUCGCAUACAUUCGCCAAAACUACUCUCAGAGAAAUUACUCACAAGGGAACAAGAACUAAAAUUCGACCAGCUGAGUAUAGAAACAUAUGACGGAAAAAUUCAUUUGCAUUACAAAAAUUAUAUAGAUGCCCAGGCCAAAUUGAAACCUUCGUAUAAACGUCAAAUGUUUGCAUUACCCGAACACAUGGCCUUUUACACGUGGAAAAAAACUACGAAUCAUUUCAUUAAUGUGGCCUUGCAACAUGAAAAAUUAUUCGACCUUUGGAAUGAAAUUCAAGAUUAUAUAGCUGUCGAUGCCACAGCCAUGUUUGCUUCUAUUCGAAACGUAUUAACCGGAGUAGUUGAAAUUCCCAGCCACGAGCGUCCCACCAAAUUGGAAGAAAGUCAAAUGUACAAUAUGUGGAUCACUAUUGUAGCUGAUCUGAAUUUAAGACCUGUCAAAGCGAUAGCUAUUCUCAUGAAUAAUUUUAUUGACGCGAAAGAAACGGAUGAUUUAAAUCACGAUACUUCGACUGAGAAACAACAAUACAUAGAUAAGCUUUGCCCUAAAGAAGCUGACGUGUGCGUUGAAUCUUUGAAACAAAAGUUUACCCAGGUUGGAGGGCAAGUGCGAUGCUGUCUACCAACUGCGGAAAUCACAUCAUUGUUACAUUCAAAUAAUCCUAUACCAAUUGAUAGGUUAUUGCGAAUUCCAAAUAUAAACUUAUAGUCUAGGAAUAUUUCAGUUUACUAUUAUUUUCAAAAAUCAUUACCUAUUUUUAUUUUUUGCUAAGAGUUGAGUUGAAUAAUAUGAAUAAGAAUAAAACAUUGCGAGCAAAUUUUGUUGUUGUUUUUUAUUUAGUAGCUUUCAAAGAUAAAAUUAACUGAGUUUGAACAACUUGAAAAUUUUCUAAAAUUGCGUUUACAAGGGAAGUAUCUCAACUCGCGCAGCAGAGAUUUUGAAUCCCACAAAGCUAGAUCGAAAGAGCACGCAAAAAUAAAUCACCAGCCAAAAUUUCAGGUGCUAAAGUGCAUUUUUUAAUUUUUGGAAAAUUAAAAAACGAGAAAAAAAAUCAAAAUUUUACCAAAUUGACUAAGAAAGCGGAAAUUCGGGACAUGUCCAGUUUUUGACCCGCCAAAUCGAUUAGGAACAGUUUCAAACCAUUUUGAGCAGUUCCGGAGCCUCCAGUAGAUUUUUGAAACUUGAAAUUUUCAAUAAACUGAAACCAAAAAGUUUUUGGAGG